AGACAACUUUCCGGCGGGGUUGUCUCUUCGCAUAAUACUUCUAGUAACUUCCAUGCAUAUCCAUCGGAUCAGUUUGCUUAGUUUUAAGCCUUGAAGGUGAAAUAUUUUGUGUUCGUUGGAGAUUAUGGAUGGGGAGACUAAAUAUGAUGAGUCAAGGAUGCUGGGUUUUAGACCCAGCUUCAAAGCGGUGACUCUUGUAAUUGUUGCCAUUUGGAUUGGCAUUACUGCGUUGUAUGGCUUAUUGAAGCCUAUAUCUGAUGGUUGUAUAAUGACAUACAUGUAUCCAACUUAUAUACCAAUUUCCUCGACUGGGGAGGCGUCCUCUGCAAAGUAUGGAUUGUAUUUGUACCAUGAAGGUUGGAGAAAGAUUGACUUUCAUGAACACUUAAAGAAGCUCAGUGGUAUACCUGUUCUUUUUAUUCCAGGGAAUGGUGGUAGCUACAAACAGGUUCGUUCCUUGGCAGCUGAAUCUGAUAGAGCUUUUCAAGGAGGCCCAUUUGAGCGUACAUUCUAUCAGGGAGCUUAUCUAGCUCCUGAGGUGGGAAGAGCAGAUAUGUAUAUAGCUUCCUUUCAAUUACCCAAUCAAUACAGUUACAGGUUAGACUGGUUUGCUGUGGAUCUUGGAGGUGAACAUUCUGCAAUGGAUGGGCGGAUACUUGAAGAGCAUACUGAAUAUGUUGUGUAUGCAAUUGACAGGAUUUUGGAUCAAUACAAAGAAUCCCGUGGUGCACAAGUAAGAGAAGGUGCUGCAGGCACUGGAAGUUUGCCAAACAGUGUCAUUUUAGUUGGUCACUCUAUGGGUGGUUUUGUUGCUAGAGCUGCAACCAUCCACCCUUGUUUGAGGAAGUCAGCUGUUGAGACUAUUCUCACUCUUUCAUGCCCCCACCAAUUACCCCCUGUGGCAUUGCAGCCAUCCUUAGGUCGCUAUUAUGAAAGUAUAAAUGAGGAAUGGAGAAAGGGAUAUGAGGUCCAAACCUCUCGGACAGGACAUUAUGUGUCUAGUCUGGCACUCUCUCAUGUUGUUGUCGUCUCUGUAUCUGGUGGUUAUAAUGAUUACCAGGUAUGGUCGAAGUUGGAAUCACUUGAUGGCAUUGUGCCUCCCACUCAUGGUUUCAUGAUAAGUAGUACUGGCAUGAAAAAUGUAUGGCUUUCUAUGGAACAUCAAGCUAUUUUGUGGUGUAAUCAACUAGUUGUGCAAGUGUCACAUACUCUCCUCAGUUUGAUAGACUCCAGAACAGGUCAGCCUUUCAUUGACACUCAACAAAGAUUGGCAAUAUUCACAAGGAUGCUCUGUUGUGGGAUACCACAGAGUUUCAAUUGGAAGAUGCACUCACAGUCAUCAUGGUCAACCACUGUUCCUGUUAAGGAUGUGAGAGAUCCUUCUGGUUCUCAAUUGCAUGCUUUAUUGGGUUGUCCUAGCAAUGUCCACUGGAAUGAUGAUGUUCUUGAGAGGGAUUUGUACAUUCAGACAACUACAGUCACUAUUUUGGCCAUGGAUGGGAGGAGGCGGUGGUUAGACAUUCAAAAAUUGGGUUCAAAUGGAAAAGGCCACUUCAUCUUUGUGACAAACCUUGCUCCUGGUUCUGGGGUUAGACUUCAUCUCUGGCCUGAAAAGGGAAUGCAAAAUUCAGAUUUGCCUCCUAGUAAAAAGGUUCUAGAAGUUACAUCAAAGAUGGUACAGAUUCCUGCAGGACCAGCACCAAGGCAGAUUGAGCCUGGAAGUCAGACUGAGCAAGCACCUCCAUCUGCUGUAUUUCAGUUGCAUCCUGAGGAAAUGAAUAGUUUUAGAUUCUUGACAAUCUCAGUUGCACCUCGUUCAGUAUUUUAGCAUUUCUUUCUUGAUGAUCACCCUUUUCUGCUUUUGGAAAACUGUAUAUCUAGUAGGAAGAUAUUUGUGGAAAUAAAUAUCUAAUUUUUAUGCUCAAAUUAGGGACAAACCUCCAUUAGCAUGUAUAUGGACCUAUCAGAGGUCUCUUGUUAUUUUUUUGGUAGCUUGUGCAUUUCCUGUCUACAAUUUGAAAGGCAGGUUCCAUAGGGGUAAAGAGAGGACAAACCUAAAUUCCUAUACGAAAUGAUGGGUGUUAUUAGAUUCUUGUUAUAUAGAGUUUGCUUUUCAUUUUCAUUUUCUGGGUUCCUUAGGGAUAAAAAGAGGACAAACUUAAAUUUCUAGUUUUCUACUUUUAGUAAUGAUCAUGCUCUUGAAACCUUAUUACUCCUGGCUUAUUUUCAAUAAAGUUGUGAUGUUCAUUGCUGUAUAAAAACACAAUGUUGUC